GCAAAAUCCGAUCCGUUGACGAGCCCAGUAGAACUAAGCAUAGCAUGGACAUUAAGUCGGGUUGGGCUUUCUGAGACCGUGAUUCAAGCCCAGUCUAAGCAGUUUAGAACCCUCCUGAAGCCCCUCUCGUUCUAUCCCCUCCCUCUAUCUGAAAACUCUCCGACAUGUCCGUCAAACUCUCGAUGCAUUCCUAGUUCAAUUUUACGCCGAAGCCAAUUGUGGACGCAUGGAGUUUUGAGCAGCUCUUCGAGCUAUUGUUCGCACAGUGUGCUGUUUCAUAAUACUGUGGUAUACAUCAGUAGGCAAAAAUGUCCAAAAUUCAGAAAUCUGACCGUUGAAGCUGCUUCUUCUUCUGCGGGGGGUUCGAGGCGGAGGGUUUAUAAUCAGUCCGAACCUCAAGGUCCGGCCAUUCCUGUGAAGGAGAUUGUUUCUUUUGUGGUUCCAGCAGGCGCAUUCGUCGUCGUUACUUUCGGUAUGAGCCUGACAGUUUUGUGGAAACUGGUGGAGAAAGUCCUUGCAAAACCAACGAGGCCUUCGUCAGCGGAAAACCCAUCUUCUCAAGGAAUGAAAUGGUCCAUCGCACCAGGAACAAAUUUGUUACCUGGGUUUGGUGCAAAAGUUGAAAGAGAGUCCAAGCAGAGGCUCAAUGAAUUUGCCAAACAACUUCGGUCAUUCAGAAGCAUUGACAUGUCAGGUUGUAAUUUUGGAGACGAUGGACUAUUUUUUCUCGCUGAGAGCUUAGCAUACAAUCAGAUUGCGGAAGAAGUGAACUUUGCUGCCAAUGGAAUAACUGCCGAUGGUUUGAAAGCCUUUGAUGGUGUUCUGCAAUCAAACAUCGUACUAAAUACUCUUAACCUGUCAGGAAAUGCCAUUGGAGACGAAGGAGCCAAGCGCCUAUGUGAUAUACUGGUGGAUAAUGCUGGUAUUCAAAAACUACAGCUAAAUAGUAUUGGAUUGGGAGAUGAGGGAGCAAAGGCCAUAGCUGAGAUGUUGAAGAAAAAUUCAAGCAUACGUGUUCUUGAACUUAACAACAAUUUGAUUGACUAUUCUGUAUGA